AUGCAAGGGGACGAGACUGAACGUCUAAAGGUCGAGAACGUCCAGGCAUUCUCCCGCGGCCAGAGUUUCGACGGCACGCUGCACAUCACGACCCACCACAUCGUCUUCAGAUACCUGCCGCCCUGCCCUCCAGGCGUCGACCCGACCGCAAACCCGCCGCGCGAGAAAACAAUAUGGAUUACUUAUCCCCAGAUCUCCUACUGCUGUCUGCGGCCAUGUCCGUCCGCUUCGCAUUACAAACCGUCGAUUCGCUUACGGUGUCGCGACUUCAAGAUGUUUGCCUUCAACUUCUUGGACGAGAGGGACGCACGCAAUGUAUACGAUAGUAUAAGGGCGUUGUCCUGCAAGAUUGGGCGCCUGGAUAGACUGCUCGCUUUUGCGUACAACCCAAAGCCGCCAGAGAGCGACGUCAACGGUUGGCAGAUCUACGAUGCGCGGAAAGAGUUUAAGCGACUAGGCAUCAGCCCCAAGGACUCAGAAAAGGGCUGGCGGAUUUCGGAAAUCAACGCCGACUACAAGUACUCAAAAACGUACCCUGCACUCAUUGCGGUACCAACAAAGGUAUCCGACAGCGUCCUCCGAUACGCGGGUGAUUAUCGCUCUCGCCAGCGCAUACCGGCUCUUGUGUACCGCCACCCCUUGAACAACUGUUCCAUCACUCGCAGUUCGCAACCCUUGCCCGGUCUCAGCGGAAAGCGCAACGCGCAAGAUGAGCGCCUUGUCGCGGCCAUAUUCUCAACCAAUCGUGGGUGGACAACAACCCAAACCCCUAACCCUGCGACUCCGGCGAAUAUUUCCCCAGAAUCAAGUGUUGUCAAUCUGAAUGAGUCUGCUGCUGACAGUUCUUUUGUUGGUGUAGACGAUGCGGACGCUAUCAACUCUGGCAAAAUCACAGUGGACGACCUAACUAAUUCAGCUGAGACUGACCCGGACGCGCCGAAGAUAUACGGAGCACAGCAACGAAAUCUUAUCGUCGAUGCGAGACCUACUGUCAAUGCGUACGCUAUGCAAGCUGUCGGCUUAGGCUCUGAGAAAAUGGACUAUUACCCUGGUGCGGAGAAGGCUUACCUUGGAAUCGACAAUAUUCACGUCAUGCGGAAGUCCCUCGAAUGUGUGGUCGACGCAUUGAAAGAGUCGGACUAUCUGAACGUCCUACCCAACUACGAUAUGCUGCGCAAGAGCGGUUGGAUACGUCACAUUGCCAACAUUUUGGACGGUACUUCUUUGAUCGCACGGACUGUGGGCAUCAUGCAUUCGCACGUUCUUAUUCAUUGCUCCGAUGGCUGGGAUAGGACCAGUCAGCUUAGCGCCCUCAGCCAGAUAAUGCUCGAUCCGUACUACCGGACACUGGAAGGGUUCAUCGUGCUUGUUGAGAAAGACUGGCUAUCAUACGGCCACAUGUUCCGUCAUCGCUCAGGAUUCUUGAGCAGCGACAAGUGGUUCACUAUCGAGAACGAGAGAAUCGACCGGAACCGGGAUGGAUCAGGGCCUGGCAAUGCAUUCGAAAAUGCUUUGCGUGGCGCAAAGGGCCUCUUCAACCGGCACAGCAACGACUCAAAUGAGUCGCUCACUCAGAUGACUGAUCCUAACGGGGCCGUUGCGGCUGAAUUGAAUACUUCAGAUGUCGAUCCGAGCAAAGAGACGCCGGCGAAGCCAUUUGGUAACAAGAUAGGGCCUGCCGAGGAGCAUCGCAUCACCAAGACCAGCGAGCUCUCACCCGUCUUUCACCAGUUCUUGGACGCCACCUACCAGCUACUAUACCAGCAUCCCACCCGCUUCGAGUUCAACGAACGCUUCCUACGCCGCUUGUUCUAUCAUCUGCACUCAUGCCAGUAUGGAACCUUUCUCUUCGACAACGAAAAGGAACGCGUGGAGGCUCGAGCAUACGAUCGUACGCGGUCGGUAUGGGACUACUUCCUUUGUCGACGAGAAGAGUUCCUGAAUCCCAGCUACGACUCGACCGUUGACGACUCGAUUCGCGGGAAAGAGCGCAUCAUCUUCCCCAAGAAAGGCGAAGCACGGUGGUGGGCAGAACUAUUCGGCAGGACAGAUGAGGAAAUGAACAGACUUGGUCCGCAAGCGCCACCUAAUCUGCUCACCCCACAAACGUCCAACAUGAGCAGUCCGCCCAACGGUCGGAGCGGAACAAGUACGCCAAUUCCCCAGGAGGCGAUCGUUACGGGAACCGAGACGGCAGCAAAGGCUACAGGAGCCGGUACAAACGCUGAUCCGCCUCUUGAAACCACACACAGCGCCUCUCCAAGACCCAGUGUAGAGGCCGAGCAGAUGGCGGACCCCCUCGGCGCUGUCAAAGACUUCAGUCAGCAAUUCACAGCGAAUUUGUCUUCGCUCGGCAAAAGUCUUCGCAGUCCUAGCCCCUCCGCACAGUCUGUCGAGAAUCGCAGUCGCUCUCGCUCGCAUAGCCGAGUUGAGGCCCGCAAAGAGUUAGAGGUUGAGAUGCAGUAG